UCUGGAUGAUUGAGGAGUUCAGUUUGGAGAAUCAAUAAUCUGUCAGAACAUUAAACCUCCAAAACCAGCACCUGCCCGUCUCAGAUAUACAGUGAUCUGAUCUGAGACCAGCUCACAGCAGGACACUGAAACAUGACGAGCUGGUGCUGCUUUUGUUGGACUUCGUCCUGAAGGUUAAACAAACACACGGAGAGAGAGAGAGUGUGUGUGUGUGUGUUUAUGAGCGAGUGUGAUCUAUGAGCGCUGUGCAUUCACUGCCAUGCGUCUGCCGUCUGCAGCUCAGCACUGAAGCUCCGAUCCAAUCGACCAAUCACAGCAGCAGGAGGGGUCUAAUAGUGAGAGAUGGAGAAAAAGACCAAUGAGGAGGAAACGCAGCGCAAAGACAGCAGUGACGUCAAAGGUCCACCUAAACAGCGUCUGACCGUGUGUUUGAUCAGCGCCGCGUUCUUUGGAUCUGUAGGAUCGUCCUUCCUGUACGGAUAUAACCUGUCUGUGGUCAACGCUCCGGCCAGCUACAUAAAGACCUUCUACAAUAAGACGUGGAUCGAUCGCUAUAAUGAGCCCAUUGGGGACGGGACGGUCACCCUGCUCUGGUCGGUCACCGUGUCCAUCUUUGCCAUCGGCGGUCUGGUGGGGGCGCUGACGGUCUCCUUCCUCAUCAAAGCCUUGGGCAGGAAAGGAACUCUUCUGGCCAAUAACGCUCUGGCUCUGAUCGCUGCGCUCCUAUUGGCUCUAGGAGAGACGGCCGGAUCCUUUGAGAUGCUCAUCAUUGGUCGGUUUAUCAUCGGCAUGGAUUCAGGUGUGUCUCUGAGCGUGCUGCCCAUGUAUCUGGGGGAGAUUUCUCCUCGGCAGGUGCGCGGCUCCAUCGGUCAGUUUCACGCCAUCUUCAUCUGUCUGGGCGUUUUCAUCGGGCAGGUGCUCGGACUGCCUGAGAUCUUUGGACAGGAAAGCAGAUGGAACUUCCUGUUCGGUUUCUUGGCACUUCCUGCCCUACUGCAGCUGUGUGUUCUGCCGUUUCUGCCCGAGAGUCCGAGAUUCCUGCUGAUGGAGCGCCGGGACGAGGCGGGAGCGGAGAAAGCGUUCCAGGCGUUUCUGGGCCGGUCAGACGUCAGCCGUGAGCUGGAGGAGGUUCACGCCGAGAGUCGCGCUCAGAACACGCAGCGGACGGCGUCGGUGCUGGAGCUCUUCCGGAAGCGCUCGCUCCGCUGGCAGCUGAUCACGGUGAUCGUCGUCAUGAGCUGCUAUCAGCUCUGUGGACUCAACGCCAUCUGGUAUUACACUAACGGGAUCCUCCAGAAGGCCGGUUUCGAGCCGACGCUGAUCCCGUACAUCACGCUCAGCACCGGCGGCAUCGAGACGCUGGCCGCCGUCAUAUCGGGUUUAGUUAUUGAGAAAGUCGGUCGGAGGCCAUUACUGAUCUUUGGUUUUUCAGCGAUGGCUGUUUUCUUUAGUCUCCUCACAGUCUUCCUGCAUUAUCAGGACAGGUUCUCCUGGAUGCCGUAUCUCAGCUUCACCUCCAUUCUGCUUCUGAUCGCUUCCUUCUGCUCCGGUCCAGGCGGUGUACCGUUCGUGUUGACGGGGGAGCUGUUUGAACAGUCGUAUCGUCCGGCUGCGUUUAUGAUCGCAGGAACCGUCAACUGGCUCUCAAACUUCGCUGUGGGACUCCUGUUCCCCUUCAUACAGGAGGCGCUGCAGACGUUUGCCUUCUUGCUGUUUGUGGUGGUGUGUGCCGCUGGAGCCGUUUAUCUGCUCGUCGUUCUGCCGGAGACCAAAAACAAGACCUUCAUGGAGAUCAGCCAGAGUUUCUCCAAGAUCAACGGCGUCCCGGAUCAGACUCACGAGCGAGAGAUGAAGGACGCGCUGGACACCGCCACUGUCAAUGGACUCCAAUGUGCCGACGUGGAGAUGGAGAGCUCCUUCUGAACCAUGCAGGAGCUUUUAAAAUUAUGUACGACUGAUGUUUCCUUUCAGAAAUUAUGAUCAGCUCUUCGUUAUGACUGAAGAACAUUUUCACUCUCAGUGGUUUUAAAUCAGAUGUCUGUAGUUUUACAUGUGUGUGUGUGUGUGUGUGUGUGUGUGCAUGAGUGUGUUCGUGUGUGUGUGUGUGUGUGCGCAUGCGU